UCCCGAGAACUACGUUGAUGUCGCAGUCAGUGCAUAACCUAUAAAUUAAUUGUGUUAUUAAUUUAUUGUUUUUAACUUUUUUGUGUUAAUCCAGUGCAACCAAACGGCUUUUCCGAAGUGCUCGUCACUUUUGUGAUUCCAACAGAUACUGAACUUUUGAACACCGGCUCGCAGGAGGGGUGUCACAUCGCGGUGGAGGGGGCAAGCGGCCCCCUCCCCUCCCUUAUCACGCGGCGGCAACGCUCAGUCGUCGGCGAGCCGCUGUUCAUGCCGCUUCGGGGAGUGUCGCAGCCGCUAACAUGAAACUACGCGAGCGGCUAGUGAUCGGCGCGAGUAUCAGCAUCGUGCUGUUCACACUAGCGCUAGUCGUAGACCUACAACUGGACUUGGGGAUGAGUGGACAGCACCUGGCUCCAUCGCACGGCAGGAUCAAGUACGGUGGUGCGCCCGCUCCUCAGUACGCGGCGAUCAAGGUGGAGCCCCCGGACCCGGUGAAGGGGUCGCUAGACACCACGGAGGAUGUGAAGGUCCUGGAACCCCACGACUCCUUCGGCGAUCUCCAGGCGGCGCUGGCGGGUAAGGACAGCGGGGCCCAGGAGGUGAUCGGGAGGACGGAGAAGGGAUGGGUUGAGAGGAUGAACAAACACACGUUCAAGGAGGUCUACCGGCUAGAGGAGAGGCCUAACAUCACCCUGCUGCAGAAGUUCCACAUGGGAAUAGCCAAGAGACAGAUGUACGAUGACAAGGAUCCUGUAGUGAAUGAACUUCUGCAAGAUAUGGGAACACGACCGAUCGUCCACGUUAGUCAAAAAGAAGGCGGAACUCAAAUAAAACUAGUGAUAGACUACGACAACAGUGAGCAGGCACUCUUCAAGCCAAUGAGAUUUCCAAGAGAGCAGCAGACUUUACCGAACCACUUUUACUUCACAGACUUUGAGAGACACACUGCGGAAAUUGCAGCAUUCCACUUGGACAGACUACUAGGGUUCCGCAGAGCAAUGCCAGUGACAGGGCGAACUCUCAACAUGACCACGGAGAUUUACGAUAUCGCCGAUGGAGAACUGCUGAAAACCUUCUUCAUUUCUCCGUCAAACAACAUGUGCUUCCAUGGCAGAUGUUCGUACUACUGUGACACAAGCCACGCGGUGUGUGGCAACCCUGAUAUGUUGGAGGGGAGUUUUGCAGCUUUUCUCCCUCCAAAAGAGACGGCCCCUCGCAAGAUCUGGAGGCAUCCUUGGAGAAGGAGCUACCACAAGCGGCGGAAAGCCCAGUGGGAACAAGAGUCAGACUACUGCAACCUGGUGAAGGAGAUCGCACCAUACGACCGUGGGCCGAGGCUCUACGACAUCAUGGACAUGGCGGUCCUUGACUUCCUGAUGGGCAACAUGGACCGUCAUCAUUACGAGACAUUCCGAGCGUUUGACAACGACACCUUUCCCCUCCACCUGGACCACGGUCGAGGUUUCGGUCGACCUUUCCACGACGAACUGAGCAUUCUUGCCCCACUCCUGCAGUGUUGUAUGAUACGAGAUACGACGCUGGCGACGUUACUGAAGUACCACAACGGGCCGGUUACGCUGAGUGAGGCAAUGCGAACAGCAAUGCUGCGAGACCCAGUGAACCCAGUGUUGUGGGAGCCUCAUCUUACAGCACUAGACCGCCGGGUCGUCAUCAUCCUCAAGGCUGUGCGAGACUGUGUAGAAUCUGCCAGAGAGAUGGCCAACGGAGCAGACGAAGAAAGCGCACCUGCGGAAUCCUAGCAUCGCAAAACUCGGAUAAACACUUCUGCAUCAUGAGCAGCCCCAGUAGAAUGGAAAUUGUGAAUUUUCAUUCAAAAAGUCCACUGGGAAAACGUUUAGAGUUUCCAACAUGGAAUUUCAGCAGUUACGGCGUAACAAUAAUGAUUAGCUUUUUACUUCCUAUCAGUGGACCUCAAGAUUGACUGGGUGUUUGUAAGUUGGACUAAAACUGCGGUCGUUAACAUGUGAUAAAAUGGGUUAUGAUUUAUGUGACUAAGUUUUACGUCAGAGGUUUGCUUUGUAAUUUAUUUUAUUAUAAGUCACGGAACCAAGGUCAAAGGUAAAAUAUUUGGCAGCUUCAUUGCUGAGUUUGACAAGCUUUAGCUGGACUAGCAACGUUUUUCUAAAUAAGAGUCUUUCUUUAACUAAAAUGUGUUGGUUCUAGCACCAUUGGAUAAAUUCCCUGCAAGAGUUGGUUUUUUCUACCAUAAUACCUUUCAGUUUGUAAAUAUUCAAUGACUGAAAUGUUACGGUUGAAUACAAAAUAUUUUCAGAGCCUGAAUGAUAUUACAAUCGUGUCUCAGAAUAAGUGACUUUAUUAUAGUAAUGUAAUAUACUAUUGCAUCAAUAGUCAUUAUUCCAAAUUACAUAGUAAAAUAAAGAUAUUUUUUACGGUUAUACGUGACAACUUGGUUGUUAGCCAAGAUCGGAUUACACAACUAACAUUCCAUUUGCUGAAUCUAGAUUUAAAUGUCUUUCCUUGUAAAGCCCUUCAAUUGUCAGAAAAAAAAUAUUUUUUUUUUUUAAAUAGGAAAACAAUUUGCUAUCUGUCAUCAAAACAAAUGAAAAUACACUUACUCAACAAAUAAUUAAAGUUAAAGCCAAAUCAUAGUAGAACUCCAACUGUAUGCAUCAAUUGGGACCGUCACCCAAUUGGAUGGUAAAGAAAAAAAUUUUGAUAGUUUUUAUUUUUACUGAAAUUUGGGAUAUUUUACAGAAAGUAGGCUGGGUCAAACUGAGCUUUACAAUUGUGUUCGUAGAUCACAUCUACAAAGAUUCAUCCAACAAAAAUUCUCGUUUCGCUCCGAUUGCGAAGGGUGACUGGUUUUCCCUAACAACAGGGAUGUAUGUAUCCAAGACCGAGGAAUAUAUUGAAGAUUUUGCUCAAAUAGUUUCCAUGACCGCAGGAGACUAUGAUGAUGUCUACACGAUUCUGGGGUAUAUUUUUAAUUUAGUCACAAUUAGAACACGAUGAUGACAUUUUGCGUGACUGCAGGGGACGAUGAUUAUGUCUACACGACUACAAGUGUUUUGAUUUUGCCGCGAUCACGGCUUCUACCUCCUUUAACAACGAUUUUCAUAACUAACUGUGGUUUUAAUUUUUUUUUAAUUCUUUCUGUAAGCGAUUUGAAUGAUCAGCGAUUUGGAUAGUUGGUGUUUGUGUUAUUGGAGUUCUACUAUGCAGCCAAAAUGAGCUUUAGAAUCUAUCUCAAUACAAUACUUUUAAACCAAUCCAUCCCCUUCGUAUCAAAAAACUAUAAUCCUCUCGCCAAUUUUUUUUUUUUCUUAUUUAUUAUAAUUAAAAGGAAGGCUGGUUUUUCAUACAGUUAUUUUGGAAGAACUCGCUGAUUGUUAAGUGUAAGUAUCCUUUUCCUAGCACAAAAAUACUUUAAUUUUUCCAUUUUCAAAGUUGCCUUAUAUAUACUGUGGAGUUUUCAAGUAAAAUGUUUGUACUUUAACUGUAAUAACAUUUAUGAAACUUUUACCUAUGGAUAAAAUUUAUUUUCAAACUAUUUCAAGUUCAUAAUUUAUAUUCUGUUAAAUUUCUUACUUGCUUAUACAUACUACUAUCAGUUUGAUUUUUUUAUUUAUUUUACAACUAUAUUAUUCACAAUCAAUUCAGCACAAUCAAAUAUUUUUUGUUUACUGGUUUUAGGAUACGACUACCACAUAUCAUUAAUGCUAAGACUGUAUAUUCUAAGUAUGUUAGUAGUAGAAUAUUUAUUAAGCUGUUAACGGGGUUGUAUAUUACUGAAAGUUGUUACUUGUUAAAUUUAGUGAUGUGCGUAUCGAUACAGAUAUCGAUACAAGGACCGCAAAAUAUCGAUAUUUUGUAUCGAUACGUGGGAGUGUAUCGUUAUGCCCGUAUCGAUACACCUAUAGCCAAUAUCGUAUCGAAUAUCGUAUUGCUUAUUUAUUAAUAUAAAUCUUAUUUUUAUGGUAAGAAAUUUGUCUUCCCAUCUUCCUCCCCUCAAAAGAAGUAUUGGAAAUUUGAUAUUUUACCCUAAUCUUCAAAAACACUGAUAAAACAUGUAUUUUCAGCUAAGUAUUGCAAAUAACCUCAAAACUAGGGCCACCAUUAAUGGAAGUGGGGACCCUCAUUGUCCAUCUUUAUACUAUUUAAUGUGUAAGUGGCAUACCCACCAUCAUUAUUAGUACUUUUUGGUCCAAUUAAUUAUCCCUGUGUAAAAACUAGGAAAACAAUAACAAAAUGUUUUCCAAUUUGAGGGUUUACCGGAAUUUGGAGGCUAUGUAUGUAUGUUUGAUACUGUACAAAUAAAAAGACACAGGAAGGUCUUAUAAAAUAAUAAGUUAUUAAUAACCUAUUACCUGUAUAACCCUCUUUACAAGGUUGUAAGUAACAUAGUAUUUGUCUAUGCAGCUUGUAUAUUUGAGAUAUUUAAUUUUUUUAUAUAAAUUAUAAAUAAACAAUACAAUACGAUAUUUUAUCCGAUACAGAUAAAAAUCGAUACAUGAGGAUACGAUACGAUACACGUAUCGAUACACCACGUUCCGAUACAUAUCAAUACGCAGUAUCGAUACAUUGACCCGUAUCGCCCAUCACUAGUUAAAUUUAUACCAAUAAGGAUUAUUGUGUGAUGUGUUUUGUACUAAUUAUGGCAACUAUUUUCAGACUAAGCUAUGGUGUAUUUUACGUAGUGAAUAUUUUAAAGAUGUAGACAAAUUGUAAAACCACGCUGUCUUAAAACUAAACAAUGUUGAACUAUUUUUGUUGACAGUUUUGAUCAGCUAUAUUAUUUUGUGCAACCUCUUGGUGUGCUUUUGAAGGUACAGUAGAUCCUCUUUAAUCCGAACUAAUUGGGACCGGGGGUAGUUUGGACUUUUGAAUACUUCAGAUUACAGAACAUAUUGUUGUCUUUACAUAACAAUAGCUAAAACAAGGCUAAAAUGAAUCGUAAUUGUUACGAGAAAAGUUAAAAAAAUGCUUUAUAAAGUAAAAUACAGUGUAAGUUUAAUACAGUAGUAAACAUAGUGAAUAAACAGUACUGUACAUUAAAUACAGUAUACAAUAUAGAACUACUGUACUGUGCAUAAAGUACAAUAAUGAGGUGUUCGGAUUAGUGGACGUUCGGACUACGGGGGUUCGGAUUAAAGAGGUUCUACUGUAUAAUGUUGGUUAGUAAUAUGAAAAGUGUAAUAAAUUUAAAGUUUUUUUUAUUUUUAUUGUUAGUAUUCAAAAUGCACAUUUUAAGACAGUCGGAUAGUCAUUUUAUAGUCAAUCACAAUCGUUUCGUCCUGAUUUUAACUGUAAUGACCAGUUUUUUUUUUGUUUUUUUAAGAUACUAUAUUAUUAACAAAACUUGGGUGUUUUUUGCAACUUAAUCCAAUUAUUAACCUUAAACCUUUAAAUUGUUCCUUACAUUUUAUAUCCUGUUGUAAGGCAGUCUAUAGAAUGAUUUUCAAGUUCAAAAGUUUUAACACAAAGGUUUCAUCAAGUAAAUUUCAGCUAUGUUCACGUUUUAAGCUUAUAACAAAAACAUUACGUUGUUUACAAACUAAUCUAUUAUUUAAAUAACAUUGAAAUGUAAAAUUGUAUUUAGAAUUAAGUUUAGCUACAUCUUUAGUAUGAAAAUGCUUAACAGAAUCCAGUUUUAAAUAGUUAAAAGAAGCACCAUUGGUUACCAACCCUAAUAGACCUGACUGAGCAUACAUUUUUUCAAACUUUUUUUAUAAAAAGUGAAAGUGAAAUAUUUUUGUUUCAACUCAGUCACGUCUGUGGGUAGAUCUCCCAGCCGUGCCAUUGUUACCUUAUAUUGUAAAUAACUCGAUGUAAAUAUUGUAACUCUAGUCAUAAUGGCCAAUUUGUACAGAAUCGAAUAUAAAAUUUAAAUAAAGGUUACUUUUUCAAUAA